AUGACGCGUGCUCAGCAAACUCUCUCCGUUCUCCUCCUCGUCUCCUCCUUCUACCUCUCUCUCUACCUCGGGCUCGUCCCCCUGAACGAAACUGUCCAAAAGGAAGUCAUCCCCGUGCUCCCCUUCUAUGCGGUCAUUUGCUUCGGAUGCUACCUCUUGGGCCGUCUAGGCCUCGCGAUCUUCACAUUUAACGACGUCCCCGAGGCACACGCCGAGCUGCAGAGGGAGAUCGAACUGGCCAAGGUUGAUCUGCGCAAGGGCAAUGUCGAUGUCGACUAA